AUGUCUGGAUUACCACCACUACCACCAACAACAACAACAACACAUCAUUCUACAGCUGCUGCUUUCCAAGCACGUUACAAUCUGUUAAUUGAUGAAAUUGACAAUUUAAUACGUCAGCUGAUGAAUGGACCGUAUCGCCGUCCACGUCGUCGUAUCAGCUUUCAAUGGACAACUAAUGAUGAACCGCAUUUCAUCUAUACGGUAACAUUAAUCAUUAAUGAAAUUUCAAAUAUUAGCUGA